UUCUGUUAUUUGACAGUGAAAGAAUUCACUCCUUGAAUGACCUUUAUAAAUUGUCAGUUUUACAAAUAGCUGAUUGUUGAUUGAUCGAAUAGCUUCAAAUCUCUUGAGUAAAUAAUUCGCCAACAUGUCCGAGACUCCGAGCCGGCCCAUGAAAUUCCCGUACACCUUCACUGCUAAGAUUGCGCAGUUCCCACUCAAGUACUACGUACAAAACCAAUGGAUCUGGCGUUAUUGGUUGAUCGCUAUUGGUGUCUCCACACCUGUCUUCUACAAGAUCCACAAAUUGGCUAACUCACCUGAGAAUGUUAGCAAAUGGGCCGAGAUCAGGAGGAAGGAGGCUGCCGAACACCAUUAAAUUAUUAGUAAAAUAAUCAAGUGUAUAAGAGGGAAGUUCAAUACAUAUAAAUUGUUUUAAGUUAUCAAGUAAAAUCAUGUCUUAGA